UAAUAAUGACAGUGAGGAGGAGAAAGAGGAUGAUGUGAUUGGGUGAUGGCGUUACUUCAGAAGCAAGGAAAACACAGUAAUUUGAAACCGAGAAUAGUCAAGACCUAAAAAUGAGACCAAAGAGAAUGGGGCGGGCAAAGAAAUAUCUGAGAAGGUGGAGCCCACAGGCAGAUCCUCAACGAUAGUAACGGCCAGGAAAUGCCCUUCCCGCGUAUCUCAACAACAGCCGACGACCAAACAGAAGAAGCGAAGACCCACCACCGCCACCACCGCCUUCUGUCGUAAGAUUUUUCUCGACCACUUAAGUCGGUUGUGGACCUGUCAUACUAACAACUCACCUUAUAAAUUCCAAUCCUCUUGCCUCACCCAACAUUUUUCUUUGCGGAUUUUUUUCUACUUCUGUGUCUAUAGCUUACGCCAAAUCCAACCCCUCCCCUGAAUCCAUGAAUCCGAGAGACAAUCCCUAUUUGGAUCGGAAAGAAUCCCCUCCACCUCCCUAUCAGUCUGAGGCGCCUGCCGCUGAGGCAGUCCAACCCAAAACGGAACCGUUUUCAGUGGGUUCACAACCAUUCCCUUCUGGGUCUCCUUUACUACAAAUUCGACCCAUUUCUUCUCUGGAACCACCUUUCUCAGGUGAACCCAUUGUGACUGUAGGGGUUGCAGCUGAGGCUGAAGCUGAAGCAGAGGAAAUUGGUGCUCCUCAGCCUCUUGAUUGUCUACAGGACAAUCCAAUUCCACCGUUUUUGUCAAAGACUUUUGACAUUGUGGAUGACGUUUUGCUGGACCCCAUAGUUUCGUGGGGUCCUACUGGCGAGAGCUUUGUGGUUUGGGACCCUGUGGAGUUCUCCAGGCUUGUACUUCCUCGAAAUUUCAAGCACAACAAUUUCUCCAGUUUUGUUCGGCAACUAAAUACUUAUGUGGGUAUUGCUGUAACGCGGCCUUCAAAGGCUGCUGUGCUCUGUAUGUAGAAAAUUUUCUGUAUUUUUCUUGUUUUUUCUGUAUUGUUUUUUAUUUCUCUAUUUUGUAUUUUAUGUUCUUUAUGUAAUUGGAUUUGACCAUGAUCGAAUCUAUGUAGAUGCUGCUGAGGCGGAUUUGGUAGUAAUCAAAAUGUACAAAAUAUAUGAGCUUUCUUGGUGUCUGGAGCAUUGCUGAUGUAUCCUCUUCUCUUGCUUUGUUGUGAAUGAACUCGAGUUGGAGAGUGGUGUCCAUGUGGAUAUAAGUCUUUUGCUUUGAAAUGCUUUAGAUUUUAUUUCGUGGCUUUGGGUCUAUAGUAGAAAAAACAGAGGAUAAUACAGAUGCAGAUGGAGAUGUGCUAUUUCCUUUGUAGUUUAUGUAAUGUGACUGUUAAUGGGUUCUUUGUGUCAUCUGUUACCUCGAGGUUUUCUGUGAUUUGUCUAUCAGGUCCUCUGUUAGGCUUAGAUUUGUACAUUUUCUUUUCUUUUUCAAAAAUAGUGGAAUUUAAGAAGAUGAAAUAGGUACUUGGUUCGUCAGUUCAUAGUUAGGCCUGAGAAGCAAUUAUUUCCCUCUUCAUAUCCAUGAACAGGAGAACGCCCUACCCCUUUGAAUGUGUCUUGGAGCUGGAGUUCCACCCUUUGCAGGGUUUCCGCAAGAUUGAUUCUGAUAAGUGGGAGUUUGCCAAUGAAGGUUUCAUGCGAGGGAAGAGGCAUCUCUUGAAGAACAUCCGUAGGCGCAAGUCACCUCAAUCCCAGCACACUGGAAGCUAUGCUGGGCCUUCUUCUGAAAUAGCAAUGUCAGGAUUGGAAAGUGAGGUAGAGAGGUUAAGGAAGCAGAAGAGUUUGUUGAUGCAGGAGGUUAUAGAAUUGCAGCAACAGCAUAGUGGAACAAUUCACCAAAUGGAAGUAGUUAAUGAAAGGAUCCAGGCAGCAGAGAAGAGGCAGAAGAAAAUGGUCUCAUUCUUGGCAAAGUUGCUUCAGAACCCAGAAUUUUUAGCCCGCCUUUUGCCCAAGGACGACCAAAAAGAUAUUGGUGUGCCAAGGAUGAUGAGGAAGUUUGUCAAGCAUCAGAAACUUGAACCUGGUAAAUCAGACUCAUCCAUGGGAGGGCAGAUUGUAAAGUACAGACCUGGUUCAGAAAAUCUGAUUACAUCCUCCUUAUUCCCACCUUCAAAUCCAGACUCUUGUGAACAAUUUCCCAAUGAUUGCUUACAAGUAAUUGCAGGGAAACUGGAUUUAGGUAUGGAAAGUGUGCCAUUCGGAACUAGGAAAGUCUCAUCAGAUGAACUAGCAGCAGUAGCACAUAAACUUAUUGAAGCUCCAGAGCAGGUCAGAGAGGAAACGGCCAGUUUGGGACCUGUAGGUCUCGUAUUUAAAGGAAAGAAUCUAGUGAGUUCCCAACCAGAAGGAAGCACCAACUAUAAUCUGUCUUUCAUAGAUGAUUCAACAAAGGAGAAGGCUUUUCCUGAAUUCUUGUCCCCUGGGAUUGACGGCAUUAUAAAACAAGCGGAUAUAUGGAGCAUGGGCUUUGACGACAGUGCUGAUAUGACUAGUUCUUGUGGUGAGUUAUGGGGUAAUGUUACCAACUAUGAUGUUCCAGACUUAGGACUCACAGGUGGGAUAUCAGAUAUCUGGGAUUUAGGUUCCCUGCAAGCAGCAGAAGGUUUGGGAAUUGAUAAGUGGCCAUCUGAUGAAUCCACUUUUAAUGAACCUGAGAAUCAAGCAGACCAGCCAAAGGACUAUACUUCCAAGAAUACAUAUCCAUAGGGCUUCAUUGCUUCAGCACUCUUUUGCCCUUUUUGAUGCCAGUUAAUUUUUAGUUGGCUGGCCAUUAAAUUGGAAAUUUUAUCUAUAAAUAUAUUCAUUUCAUUAUUGGCUUC